CCCCACCUUGGCUUGCUUGCGCGACCAGUCUACACGACACUGGUUCGAGAAGAGGAGACUGCACGAUCGCACGAGAAGCGUCCACAGCUUGGGAACGCGUGCUCACCGCUCAGCCGCUUGGAUGACCGGGGUUGACCAACCUCCUCGACGAUCUGUGCACCUUCCCUCCCCUUGCCCCCCUCACCCAACAUCCCAGAUUCGUCAUGUUCUCUCAUUCCCAUCUCAUCUCCUCAUGAGCUUCGCCGACUCCUUCCCGCAUCUCUGGUCCGCCAUUCUCGCCGUCGCGCCCUACUCAGCGCUCCUGCGCCUGCGCGCGACCUGCCGCGCCGUGCGUGAUGUUGUCGACGCCCAACUCUGCGGCCAUCUUGCGGUCCUUCUCGCCCCCGGGCCCCAGGACGAAGUCCGCUGCAUCGUCGACGGCGAGUUGCACGGCUUGCCCGCCGACUGGCGCGCCCACACCAACGUAGUCCACACUCUCUCCCUCGUGCCCCCAAUCCAGCAUCUCUCGUCGGACUACUUUCGCGGCAUGGCCAUCUCCUUCACGCCCACGUCCAGGCCUCGAGAGUCCGGGGCCUGGCUCCUCGACCGGAUGGUGCACGGUGAAGCCUUCGACCGCCUUCAAGCUCUCAGCGGCAUGCCGGCCUGGAACGGGGAUGAUCAUGUGGCUUCGUGGGGGCACUCCAAAUGCUGGUGCGGCGUGCGCCGCGGCCAUACAACGGAACUCCUGAUGGAGCUGGGAGCCCGCCUGCGGGUGCGCACGCUGCGCAGCUGGGGAAUGCACAUGUGCGCGAUGCCCGUUCGCGCUGAGCAGAUCGUGUUCCACAACUUCGACGGCAUGGUGGCGCCCUUCCCGCCUCUGCUGACUCUUGUCGCAACCAUUUCGAACAACGGCGACGACAUCCCCGGCGUCCCACCUUGGGAGGUGGAAGGGAAGGUCACACACGCAACGAUCCAUUGCGCCAUGUCCUCGCCUAGGAUCUGGCCUACGCGGGAGACGCUCGUUGGCUCUCUCGCAGCUCCCCUCCUCCGGCGAGGUGUGGACCUCACCCUCAUAGGCUGCGACGAUUGGGUGGAGUACGAUUCUCUCGAUAUUUUUGUGAACGCGCAGUGUAGUGCACAGCAGGUGAUCCAAAGCAGCCUGGUCGAUGUCAUGCGCUGGAACCCCUGGCUGGUCAAGGAUCACGUCAAAUUCGCCGAGUACUCCGGACAGGUUCCGCAAUGGUGCGCCGCCCCGGAGUGGACGAAUAUGAAGUAAAGGCCCUCACCAGUCGACACACCCAACUCUCUGGCACGCCUCUCUUUCUGUGCAGCGUUUGCAUGCACCGAGUCC